GAGAGAGAGAGAAACAGAGAGAGAGAGAGAAAGAGACAGAAAGAAACGAGAGAGGGAGAAGACAGUCAACUAACUGAUACCAGUGCGGAUUUAAAACAAAAAAUGUAGAAUGCAUUGACUGGAAUACAACAGCCAUCGGUGAAAAGACAAAGCUCUUUUGAAAGAAGACGAGAAGAGGGAAGAGAAGAAAUUACUCGACAUUUGUCCGCCAACAUCUGUCCCUUGAAGACUCUGAUUGGGCAAGAGGCUGAGUCACUGACCUCUUUAUCUUUUGUUGAACAACAAUUUUGGCUUCUUAUUUUCAUUUUAAUUGUUUUACUCUCUUUUGAAAAGACAGAGCAGAAAUACAUCGAGAAAAAAGGGGAAGAGCGAUAUCAACACACAAUCGAGCGAGAGACAGACAGACGGAGAGCGAGUGAGAGAUACGCUGACAGAGAAAGAGAGAGAGAGAAGGAAGGAUUUACGACAUUUACGAAAGGAUUUAUACGAACCGGGACGACGGAAAAACGAGUGACGCUGUGGUUUUAACACCGCAGUGUAUGUCGAACAGAUUUAUUCCAUUUGGAGUAUUCCGCGACUUCUCAACACGAUUCAACUCAACUCAUCAGAUUUAUGUAUACACAACACUGAUGCAGCUCAAGUUGAUUCGACUCAAUUUAAUUAAACUCAACAGAACAAGACUCAGUGACUCAAAUCAACAGAUUUUUUGUUUCUCAACAUGAAUUUGUGUCAACUUAACUCAGGUCUUCUCAAUUCACCGGAUCGAUACUGAACUGAAAUCAACUUGACUCAAAAGUCAACUCAACCCAACUCAUCUAUGUUCACGAAUUCAUGAAAUCAACUUGUCUCAAGUCCAUUCUACUCAACUUUACUCAACAGAACAAGACUCAUUUCUAAUCAGUUCAACUUCCACUCAACUCACCCUCGAUGACCCCUUGCAAGGAGUUUAACCCCAAGGAGACUAGAAACCUGCUCUGAUUGGAUGUACUUUGGAGUCUUUCUUUUUAUUUUUUCCUUUUUUUCUUUUCUGACCGUUUUCGAGGAAAAAUCUUGAAGAUGUAUUUGUACUCGGCCAGAGCAAGACUACAUACCUGUGGAUUUGUGUGAUUUCAUAUGAUUUCUUUGGUUACUGCACAGUUGGCAGAGUUCCUUUGGAACAGAGCUGUUAGUGAAAGACUUGGAAAAAGCUCUUGUGAAUGUGAAUGUGUAGCCUCUUGUGUGAUGAGUUUUGACUAGUGUGUGUGAUGUUAUGCUUUUCAGUCUUUGUUAAGUUGACUAGGUCUCUAACUGGGUUGCAGUGGUGUCCCUUCAAAUAGCACUGAAUCAGACUUAGCACUCUGUCAUACACAUACACUCACACAAGUUGCUCUGCCUCUCAGUCACAUACACACUUGCCUGGCUGAGUCACACUCGCAUUGCGCAUCGCAGGUCUUUUUUUAAACCUCCUUUUCAAUGGUCGACACAACGUUGCUCAAAGAGACAAAAGACUUGUGCAGUGCUAUAUAACCCAGCACAGUGCGGUGUGGUCUGAAUGCAAGCCUAAUGAGAACAUGUGGUGUGCAGGUCAGUGUUAACUUUGUGGCGUAGACCACAGACAAGAGCACCCCGAAUGAGCAAGUCUGACCUAUCUCCAUAUCUGGACAACAAGAUAACGAGACUCUCUAUAUUGCUCUCGCUCUUGAAUGCGCUCUGGCUUGUGAGCAGGCCACGAUUGCUUUCUUAUUGAUCUGAACUUUAAUUUAGCUGUGCUUUUUUCCCCCCCGCUGUGAAUUAGUAAAGUCCGCUGUUUUAUGUUGUCUAGACUAGUCCUAUUUCCAGGUUGUCCCUAAAGUGGACUCGAAGAGGCUUUCUCUGAAUAUUGUUUUGUUUUGUUUGACUGGGGGUUAUAUUGUUGCUAACUAGGCUCUAGCGUUUGCUACGGGGUUCCACUAUUACCACGUUUCACGGUUCCACUGCUGGUGACAGGGUUCCACUGUUGACAGUGGUGUUCCAUUGUUGCCGCCGGGGUUUUGAAUUGUUGCCAAGGGUUCUGCAUUGUCGCUGGGGGUUCUUCUGUUGACGAGUGGGUUCUCGAGCGUUUGUUAGGGGUUCCCACGGUUGCCAAGGGGAUUCCAUUGUUGCAGUCGCCAUGGAGCUGUGGAGACAGUGUACGGGCUGGCUCAUCCAGUGCAGAGUGCUGCCGGAAAACCACAGGGUCACCUUCCCAACGGCACAGGUGUGUGAGCUGGCCCAUGCGUUGAGGGACGGCGUGCUGCUGUGUCAGCUCCUCAACAACCUGCAGCCCCAAGCAAUCAACCUCAGAGAGAUCAACCUCCGACCUCAGAUGUCACAGUUCCUGUGUCUGAAGAACAUCCGUACCUUCCUGAUGGUGUGUCAGGACCAAUUCGGCCUGAAGAAGAACGAGCUGUUCGAGGCCUUCGAUCUGUUUGACGUCCGCGACUUCGCCAAGGUGAUUGACACCUUAUCCAUAUUGUCCCAAACCUAUGUUGCAGUUAACGCCGGGUUCAGGCCGUUCCCAGAAGAGGACUGUGUGGGUGACGAUGACAUCUACAGCGGCCUAUCAGAUCAGAUCGAUGAUACGGUAGAGGAGGAUGAUGACCUGUAUGACUGUGUGGAGGACGAGGGGGAGGAGGGAGACGACAUCUACGAAGACCUCAUGAGGAAUGAGGAGCCACCAGAAACACAACAGAAAGUUGAAGUUGACAAGCGAGGGUGUUGCCUGCAAGAGAUCCAACAAACAGAAGAGAAAUACAGCCAGACACUGGAGUCCAUUCUACAGCACUUUAUGAAGCCCCUUCAAGCAUUCUUGACGAGUUCAGACAUUGAAAGUAUAUUCAUCAACAUUGAGGAGCUAGCUGAUAUGCACCGUAGCCUCCUGCUAGAGGUCCAGAAUGCCAUGGCCAGCCCUGCAGCUGAAACCCUCUACCAGGUCUUUAUCAAGUACAAGGAGAGGUUGCUGUUGUACGGGCGCUACUGCAGUUGCGUGGAGUCGUCAACCAAACUCCUGGACAAGAUGGCCGGAGAGAGAGAAGACCUGAGGAUGAAGCUAGAGGAGUGCUCCAACAGGGCCAAUAAUGGUCGCUUCUCCCUCAGAGACCUGCUGAUGGUGCCCAUGCAGAGAGUGCUGAAAUAUCACCUGCUACUACAGGAGCUGAUGAAACACACUGUGAACGCUGCAGAUAAGGAGAAUUUGCGGAAUGCACUGGAUGCCAUGAAGGAUCUGGCCCAGUGUGUGAACGAGGUGAAGAGGGACAACGAGAUUUUGAAGCAGAUCACCUCCUUUCAGCUCUCCAUUGAAAAUGUGACCACGUCGCUCGCGCUGUUUGGCCGGCCGAAGAUCGAUGGGGAGCUGAAAAUCUCCACUUCAGAGAAGAAGUCCAAACAAGACAGGUAUGCGUUCCUGUUCGACAAGGCCAUGGUGGUGUGUAAGAAGAAGUCUGGGGAGAACUUUGAGAUGAAGGACCUGAUCGAGCUGCAACACUACCAGAUGAGAGAGGAGACCUCAGACAAGGACAGCAAGAAGUGGUCCCACUCAUUCCUACUGAUAGAUUUCCACGGCCAUUUUGGCUAUGACUUAUUCUUCAAGACCCGCGAGCUGAAGAAGAAAUGGAUGGACCAGUUUGAAAUGGCCAUGUCCAAUAUGAUCCCUGAGAAUAGCCAUGCCAACAACCACGAGUUCCAGAUGCACUGCUUCAACGACACCACUUCCUGCAAGGCCUGUCAGAUGUUGUUAAGGGGUAUAUUCUUUCAGGGCUACCGCUGCACCAGAUGUAAGAUGGCCGCCCAUAAAGAGUGUCUUGGAAGAGUCCCCACAUGCGGACGAGAAAAUUCUGGAACCCUCAAAAAGAAACAGAUAAAGGCUCAACCCCCAAGACCAGCUAAACCAGGUCUUCCUAAGAUGGAGGUAUGUGAAGAGUACUAUGGCUUACCUCCGCCCCCCGUGGCUUUCGGCCAACCGCUGCACCUCUCCCACGGUGAUGUCAUCGAACUGACACGUGCGGAGGCGGACCUACAGUGGUGGGAGGGCAGGAAUGUCACGGUUGGUGAGGUGGGCUGGUUCCCCUGUAAUAAAGUGCAGCCCUAUAGGCCGAACCCUACACCGGACCUAUCUGGAUUUCCUUGGUUUGCGGGGAACAUGGACCGCUCUGAGGCUAAGAACCUCUUGCAGGCCCGAUCGGAUGGAACCUUCCUGGUCAGGCAGAAGGACGGCGGAGAGUUUGCCAUCAGCAUCAAGUUCAACAUGGACAUCAGGCACAUCAAGAUCACAUCGUCUGAGGGUCUCUUCCGGAUCAACGACAAGAAGGCCUUCAAGGGCAUUGUGGACAUGGUUGAGUUUUACCAGCAGAACUCCCUGAAGGAGUAUUUUAAGGAGGUGGACACGCCGCUGGUGAACCCUUAUAAGAUGCCGGAGCAGACAGGAGGCCCAGCCGCACAACCCCCUCGCCCAGCCCGUUCGAGCGCUCGGUACUUCGGGACGGCAAAGGUGCGCUACGACUUCUCGGCACGCGACCGCUCGGAGCUGUCCCUGCGCGAGGGAGACACCGUCAAGAUCAUCUCCAAGAAGGCCCACAACGGCUGGUGGAAAGGGGAGGUGUACGGGCGGGUGGGACUGUUUCCGGCCAAUUACGUGGAAGAGGACAAUUCUGACUACUGCUGAUUAGGCCAGACCUCUCAUACCUUUGGCUAAUCCUGAUUGGACAGCCACCUCAACUUUUUGCCAUUGCUGAUUGGUCAAACACAUCCAUGCCCCACCCAUCCAGGAGCAUAGUCCAACCAAACUGGAACUUUCAUUACACCGUUGGUUGUGGGGAGAGGUGUGUGUGUGUGUGUGUGUGCGCAAAAUCAUGCAAAUCUCAUUGAUCACCUUUGAGUUUUGAGACAGUUGAUGACCUUUUAAGUCACACUCACACUUGCACACACUUCCUCUCAACCCUAUGCAAAUGGAUUUUGUUUCUGAAUUUCUCGAUAAUGGGCUAGGACGCAGAGAUGUAAAAGAACAAGUAGAGGUUAAAAAAAAAGAUCCCGACAAAAGUAACUUCACUGAGUAGUUGGCCUACAGUAAAUGUAAACUAGUCUACCUGAUUGUACGCUGGUUUGACCAAAUUUGUGAAUUUCUUUGUAAAUUGUUGGGUUUUAGGUACUGGCUGGUGUAACAGCUAUGUAAUGGUAUGUGCUAGUGCUGCACUACUUACACAAUGAAUUUACUAUUACUUUUUACACCUAUGCUAGGAGAAAAGGUUGUCUGUAUCAGUGAUGCACGCUGAUGACUUAAAACUUGCGGUUAUCUACCAAAAUAAUGUCAACAUUUUCAAUCAAGGGGAUAUCUGAUAUUUUGACACCUGUGUUAUGGGGUAAUGAUGAUGAAUGAUUAUAAAUGAAAUGAUGAAUGCUUGUAUGAAACUGUGCUGAUACGACUUGUGUUUUGUUGUGUGAUGCAGUGUAUUUAUCUGGUUGAAAUAGUAGCGUGGGUGUUAUGCAAGAAUAGAUAUUGUUCGGAUAUGUCGUCGAUAAAGUCAUGUGAUUUUCAACAUUACGUCUUGACCGCUUUCUGUACAGUUUAGGUAACAAACGUCCCUCUGUGCAAACGGGGCAAUGUAGAAAUAACGGUACUGGGGGUGAGAAUUUCCUGUUGUUUUUUUAAUUAUUAUUUUCAAAGGAUAUCAAAAUAAAAGCAUCACAACAAAAGAAAAAAAAAGCUGUAACUAUCCUCAUUCAUGAUCACUGUCUUUUUAAAAACUCCUCACCAUUGCUGCUUUGUCUACAGACACGUGUGGACGAGUAGACAUGGAUUCAUUUGAAUUGAUUUUAUGCAAAACUAUCAGUACUUAAAACAACCUCAUGAAUGUUGAGAAACGGCGAACAAAACAAAAAAAAGACAAAUGUUGGCGUGUCUGCGUUCAUAUAUAUGAAUGAGUGUAUUUAUGUUCAAUCCAAAAAGUGCACUAAUUCACUGCAUGGUAGUGCACCAUGUAAGGAAAAAAAAACAAUACAACUUGCACCCUGUGUGGUGGAAAAGUGAACAUUUUGGACGUCGCCUUUGACUGUGUGUGUGCGUGUGUGUGUGUGCGUGCGUGCGUGCGUGCGUGUGUGUGUGUUGUGGAGAGUCUUGUUUGUGAGUGAGUGUGUGUGUGUGUGUGUGUGUGUGUGUGUUUGUGUUGCAGAGAGUCUCUCAGUUAUGCUCCAUCAACUCUGAAUGUUGUCCAAGUGCUGCCACCUUCUGGCAGCUGCAGGUGUAGCAUUCAUUCAUCCAUCCAUCCAUCCUGGCCUCUAC